UCUAAUAAGGCAUAUCGUAAGACACCUUCAGGCCCUGAAAGAAGACAUUUGCGCUGGGAAACCUAGGAACUUCCUUUCCAGCGAGGGCUCGUAAUCUGCUAACAUGGGCAAGUGUCGUGGUCUGCGUACUGCCAGGAAGCUGCGUAAUCAUCGCCGUGAACAGAAAUGGCACGACAAGCAGUACAAGAAGGCCCAUUUGGGUACCGCUCUGAAGGCCAAUCCCUUUGGAGGAGCUUCCCAUGCCAAAGGCAUUGUCCUUGAGAAAGUUGGUGUUGAAGCUAAGCAGCCCAACUCUGCUAUCCGAAAGUGUGUCAGGGUCCAGCUGAUCAAGAACGGCAAGAAGAUCACUGCUUUCGUUCCUAAUGAUGGUUGCUUGAACUUCAUUGAGGAGAAUGACGAAGUUCUUGUGGCAGGAUUUGGUCGUAAGGGCCAUGCCGUUGGUGAUAUCCCUGGUGUACGCUUCAAGGUGGUGAAAGUUGCCAAUGUGUCACUCCUGGCCUUAUACAAAGGCAAAAAGGAGAGACCAAGAUCAUAAGUUGCCCUUGAAUACAAUAAAGUUUUGAUCCCCACA